AUGAGCACAACCACAACAACCAAGACUGUUACUUCCUUUGCUAGACCCGUGUUUUUAAUAAAAACCACGUUUGAUAAUACAACCACAAUCACACCCGCCAUGGCAACGGCUUCUAUGGCUGCAACUUCUCCUACAACAGGUUCAUUGUAUCUGCCGAUUCAACAAAAAAACAGAAAGAAUCAUCGUUUUCAACAUAAACAUUUACGUAAACCUCAGUCAUUUGACACUUAUCUUCCCACUUCAACAACCACCCCUUCUUAUGGCUAUUAUCCGAGGUCUUCUUCGCUGUCUUCUUCGUGCUCCUCAACAUCAUCUCUGGAUUUCAAUGAAUAUUCCACAGAAGAUAUGAUGUACGGUUAUGGUUCAUCGAAAUCAAUGAAUUCCACACCGUCAGUUCAUUCGAGUCCUCGCCUUCGAAGGGGCUCAUCCGCAGUAAAAUUGGUUCGUUUCGCUGGAGCUGAAGAGGAUGAUGAGGAGGUCUUUUAUGUUUCUCAACCACGAACAUAUAUUAGCUUUCACAAGAAAUCUCUAACAUCUUGA